AUCAGUCCCAUAGGUUCCGAAUAUGUACUUACUUUCGUGUUUAACCGCGUGCAUCGUUUGCCUUGGUUCAGGUGCGACAGCAAUUAGCAGGUCGCUUUUAGAAAGCAACCACACUUUUGCAGUCGACGAAGGCCGGGCUCUUUUGUUCCCUUCGUUGAGUACACUGCAGUUAUCGAUAUGUACUUCCUCGGGAACACCCCUUUUCAUUCCCAAGAAGCCAUAUCCGUUUAGGCGAAUGGGCAUAAACAUAGGAUUCCAGCUGAAUUAUAAUCUCCCAUAUAGGUUGAUGGACUUUUACAAGUUUCCUACGUGGGCCCGCGCGAUGGUAGACAUAGCAAAAGGACGUUUCUUGCCAACGGAAAUCGUCACGGCUAGGGCAGUGCGGAAGAGACGAUCAAACAGACAACUGAGUGCAGGAGAUGUCUAUACGGCACUGGAGGAAAUUCUGCAGCUUUCCGGAUAUGAUGAAGAUUGUGUGGUCAAAAGUGUGUGCGAGUUAGCUCACAGCCCAUUUCACAAUUUGGAGGAAGAUUUGUAUGCUGAUAUAUUACACUUUUUCCUAACGCCUUCUGAUCAUCAAGCAUUUGGUGUACAUGAGCGCAAAGUGAAAAACAAGUAUGAAGUGGCUGAAAAAAUGGGAAAAACUGGAGCAGAUUGUAAUAUUCUGUACCCAAAGUGCAGGAACUCUUUUUUGGAAGAUAUAUCCGGUUAUGAGGAUAAUAAACUACGUAUGAUGAGGUAGUAAUAA